AUGGACGCGCUUUUGCCAGCGAUCAAACCGGGAUUAGUUCAUUCGCCGGCGAGUACUUUCCGUGACCAUGCGUUUCUGUUCUUCGGCUCGGGUCGACCGGUUAAUAAUUCAAAUCUGAUCCGGAUUCCAAAGAUUAUGAAGGUGAAAGCGGUAGCACACAAGCAGUCUUCUACUGCUAGUAGUGCACCGAGUAUUGAUUUCAGCGAUCCAGAUUGGAAGUCAAAGUACCAGCAAGACUUUGAGGCGCGUUUCAACAUACCGCACAUCACCGAUGUCCUCCCCGAUGCCGUUUCUUACCCCUCCACUUUCUGCCUUAAAAUGAGGACUCCGUUAAGUCCAGAUUUUGCAGAACGUUAUCCUUCAGAUGAGGAAUGGCACGGUUACAUCAACAAUAGAGACAGAGUACUGCUCAAGGUCAUACAUUAUUCUUCUCCUACCUCUGCAGGUGCUGAGUGUAUUGAUCCUGAUUGUACAUGGGUGGAGCAAUGGGUUCACCGUGCUGGUCCUCGAGAAAAAAUAUACUUCAAACCAGAAGAGGUAAAAGCAGCAAUUGUUACUUGUGGAGGACUUUGUCCUGGUCUUAAUGAUGUCAUCAGACAGAUUGUCAUCACCCUUGAAAUAUAUGGUGUGAAAAAGAUUGUGGGAAUUCCUUUUGGUUAUCGCGGGUUUUCUGACGAAAGUUUAGCUGAAAUGCCAUUAUCUAGGAAAGUGGUUCAAAACGUCCAUCUCUCCGGUGGAAGCUUGUUAGGAGUCUCACGUGGAGGGCCUUCAGUUAGUGAAAUUGUUGACAGUUUGGAGGAAAGAGGGAUUAAUAUGCUCUUUGUGCUGGGUGGAAAUGGAACACAUGCUGGGGCCAAUGCAAUACAUGAAGAGUGCAACAAAAGACAGUUAAAGGUAGCCAUCGUUGGUGUGCCAAAAACCAUUGACAAUGAUAUCCUGUUUAUGGAUAAAACUUUUGGUUUUGAUACGGCUGUCGAAGAAGCGCAAAGAGCAAUUAAUUCUGCAUACAUUGAGGCACAUAGUGCUUAUCAUGGUAUUGGGAUUGUAAAAUUGAUGGGCCGUAAUAGUGGAUUUAUAGCUAUGCAGGCAUCGCUUGCAAGCGGACAAAUUGAUAUAUGUUUGAUUCCAGAGGUGCCUUUUAAUUUACAUGGGCCUCACGGUGUCUUGAGUCAUCUCAAGUAUCUCCUCGAGACAAAGGGAUCUGCUGUAGUCUGUGUUGCAGAAGGAGCUGGGCAGGAUUUUCUCGAGAAAAUCAAUGCUACAGACGCAUCAGGAAACAUUAUAUUAGGAGAUAUUGGUGUCCAUAUACAACAAGAGACAAAAAAAUACUUCAAAGGGAUUGGGUUUCCAGCUGAUGUAAAGUACAUCGACCCAACAUACAUGAUACGUGCAUGCCGUGCAAACGCAUCAGAUGGAAUUCUCUGCACUGUUCUUGGUCAAAAUGCUGUCCAUGGUGCAUUUGCUGGAUAUAGUGGUAUCACAGUGGGGAUAUGCAACACUCACUAUGUCUAUUUUCCGAUUCCUGAAGUCAUUGCCCAGUCCAAGGUUGUCGACCCCAACAGCCGUAUGUGGCAUCGUUGCUUGACAUCAACUGGACAACCGGACUUCGUGUAA